AUGGACGCCAAGCUGAAGCCGGGUCGGAGAUGUCGCCCCAAGAAGCGGGAGCGGGUGCGGAGGUUGCGGGAGGUUGCGGGGAGCCCCAACCCCAACUCCUCCUGCUCCGACCGGGAGGAGGCACGCAGCCCGGGGGGGGGGGCACACACCGCCGCCGCCUGCCUGCCCGGGAAACAGGCGCCGCGCCCCGCAGCCGCCGCCAGAGCCCCGCGCCCCCCCCGCAGGAAGAGACGGGAGUCCAGCUCGCAGGAGGAGGACAUCAUUGAUGGAUUUGCUAUCGCCGGCUUCAUCAGUCUGGAUCGUCUGGAGAAGAAGACCAGGGUUGUGAAGACACAGGAGAAGAAGGAGAGGUGGAAGGAGAAAAAGGAGGCGAAGCGGCAGAAGAAGGAAGAGGAGGCGGUGGUGGAGGAAGAGGAGAAUGUCCAGCCCGUGCUGGAUCCGCUGGAGAACGGCUUCCUCAAUCACGCCCAGCGGGAGCAGGAGAGGAUGAACGAGCGGCUGCUGAAGAAGACGUACUCCAAGAAGAACAAAAUGAUCAAACCUCUGGUGCUGCGUCCGGUGAAAGUCACCGAGGACGAGACGAUGCUGGAGCUCAGCCGACCGCAGAGGAGCAACUCCAAGGAGCAGCUCAGCGAGAGUUCCACUCACUCGCUGUCAGGCCGCGGCUACUCGGUGCAGCCAGCAGCAGUGGCCCUCCUCAAGUGUGACAGCGGGAGUGACAUUGACGACAAGGUGUCUGAUGUAGGAUCAGAGAAGCUCUUUUCCCCCACCACACCCAAAGGUGUGCCACCGAAUGAGAUUCCCGAGUCCAAGACUUGCAGCUCAGCCAAAGUAUCCGGGCUCCAGCGCAGCCAGGAGCAAAGCAACAGUGAGGUGCCUUUCGCGCCCCCCGUGCCCAGCCCCACCCCGGCCUCGGCGCCCACGGGCUCCCCGGCCCCCGCUGCAGCGGCGGCCCCUCCACAGCCUCCCAGGGCCCGCCUCCCCACGCCACCUCCUCUCAGCGUCAAGAAGGAGCAGCGGCUGCCCCCGGUCCCUACCCCUCCCCUGUUGAGGGCGCAACCCCAUCCCCAUCCCCAUCCCCAUCCCCACCCUCCUCACCCUCACCUUCACCCUCACCCUCACUCUCACCCUCACGCUCACCCUCACCCCCACUCGCCUCACCCGCACCCGCACCAGGAGCCACGUGUUCUUCUGCCUCCACAGCAUCACUCGCGGCCAGUAAUCAGCCACCAGCUGCAUCACCCGCUGCAGUACAGCAGCCUCCACGAGAUCAGCCACAGGAGCAGUCCAGUGGGUCUUCCCAAACAACACUUGUCCCCGUCCCCUCACCACCACCACCUCAGUGGACUCCCGUCCUCGGCCCCUGCCUUGCCUCUGUCCAUAGCCAAUCUCUCUACCUCGCAUUAUUCCUCUCUACGGAGCCCGGCCCAUCGCCAUCCGGCCAUGUUUGCAAGCCCAGCAUCACUGCCUCCACCACCGACCUUACCGACCAACAGCUUAGUGGUGCCCGGGCACCCCGCCGGCACCCCCUACCCAGAGCAUGACCGCCUGAGGCAAGAGUUGAACAACCGCUUCCUGGUUCAGAGUUCAGAGCGUGGCCGGGGGCCGCCCGCCUCGCCGCUGGCCCCCGGGUCGCUCGUGAGGAACGAGUUUCACCAACACCAGCACAUGCACCAGCACCAACACACCCACCAGCACACCUUCACGCCCUUUCCCGCCAGUCUGCCCCCGGCCGCCCGCCUCACACCGCCCACCGCACCCCCCAUGGUGCCUAACCAAGCCAGAAAUUUCGACAAAUACGCCCCCAAACUGGACAAUCCAUUCAUCAGACAUUCAAACUUCUUCCCCUCCUACCCCCCCACCAUGCCAGGCAUGCCCCCGCUGCUCCCACACUCAGGACCCUUCAGCUCGCUGCAAGGAGCCUUCCAGCCCAAGGCAUCUAAUACCAUCGACGUAGGCGCACGUCCUGGAGCAGUACCUCACACACUCCUACACAAGGAUCCACGGAUAACAGAUCCAUUCAGGACAUCUGUUAGGAAACCUGGCAAGUGGUGUGCAGUGCAUGUCCAGAUCGCAUGGCAGAUCUACCACCACCAGCAGAAAAUGAAGCAAAUGCAGCUGGAUCCUCACAAACUCGACAUGAAUGGGAAGCUGGACCUCUUCAGUCGACCCCCAGGUCCAGGCGUCUUUCCAGGGCUCCCGUACCCCCAUGACCUGGCACGACCCCUUUUCUCCACCACAGGCUCUGGCCACCCAGCUCCCUCCCCCUAUGGCCACGCCCCACAUCCCAGCGGCUUCCUGCCUCCUAGCCAUUUGGCAGAUCCUUUCAGUCGCUCCAGUUCCUUUGGCGGCCUCGGCAACCUUUCAAGCAGUGCCUUCGGAGGAUUAGGCAACCCCUCGCUUGGGCCCAACAGUAUGUUUGGCACCAAGGAGGGGCCGGGAGGGCUGCCCACGUUUGGCAGCCCCCACCACGACACCUGGAACCGACUCCGACGCACCCCGCCUUCGUUCCCCACCCCACCGCAGUGGCCCAAGACCGCAGACACCGAGAGGAGCAACUCGGUCAACAGCCACGAAAGAGAGCGAGAGCGGGAGCGGGAAAGAGAGAGGGAGAGGGAAAGAGAGAAAAGAGAAUCGUCCAUCGGCAAAGAGGAGAAGGAUAAAGACAGGGAUUCUGUGGAUCGCAACCGACACUCCAACCGCUCAUCGCCAGCCUCUGCACCAGUCAGCUACCAGAUCAGCAACUUGAUUCGCUCAAACAGCCAGAACUCCAGUGACUCGGGACGGCAUCACAGCGGCAGCGUGGACCGGGUCCGUGAGGCGGAGAAGGAGCUGCUGGAGCGCCACAGAGAGUCGGAAGUGAAGGUGAAAGAGAGCCGCUCCCCUGGGAAGGAGAUGCUGGAGAGGAGAACCUCAGAAGACUCCAUCAAACCUUGUCAACGUUCUCCUUCUCCAUACUCCAAGGCGAUGAUCAACGAGCAGAACCUGAAGAUGGUCGGCGGGCCCCCACCUACACUCAAGGACAGCGAGAAGAAAGAGUCUCCGUCUGCAGACCUCCUCCACAAGGUGAAAAAUGACAUGAAGAUUAAGGAGGAGAGGAAAGAGGAGCAGGAGGUCAUGGUGGUGAGCUCUGAGCCGGCGCCCCACCCACCAGCCCAAAGUCUUUCUGUUUCCAUGGGCCAACAUAUGAACCCGCACCACCAUCACCCACCUUUGUCUCAGCAGACUCUUACCUCACAGCGUGGCAGUGACAUCUCAGCAGCUGGGAUGCACGGUGUCCCCAUGUCCCACUCGCUGCCCCUGUCCAUGAGUGCCAUGCCCCAGAUGGGCAGUCUCAACGUGCUGGACCGGGCUCGCAUGGCUCCCUUUAUGGGUGUGAGCCCUCUGGCAGGUAGAGAGCGCCUGCCACACCAAGCCUUCCCCUGGGACCCUCUCAGAGAGGCCUACCGCAGCCUGGACCUGCAGCGGCGCAUGGACUUCCAGCUCAGGGCGGAGCAAGGACAUCGCUUCCCCAGCAUGUACGAACAGGAACGGGCCUACCGCGAGAGGGAGGCUCACGACUACUCUCACCACGAGCACCUGAUGGAGGUGCGCCGGGAGCACGAGAGGAUGAGGCAGCAGGUGGAGGAGCGAGAGCGCCACCACCUGCGGGAGGAGCUGGACAGAGCACGCCUCCAUCAGCUGCACCAGUCCCCCAUGGAGGGCCAUCUACCCCACAUGCCCCCCUUUAUGCCCCACCUUGGCGGCAUGCCCUACCCUAGACUCAGCCCCUCCACAGGACACAACGGCCCUCUUAACAGAACACCCCCCACUGCCGCACUCAGUGCACCCCCACCCCUUGUGCCAGCCGGCAGUGCCAGGCCAGCCUCACCCAGGAGGACUACCCCCCUUACCAACACACAGGACCCACGGGACUACUCCCCAUCUCGCAACCCCAAAGAGGUAGAGGCUCGGUAGCUUCUUCCAAACGUGCACAAAGUCUUACCAGACGCACUCGAGAAGCCCCUCCCCCCUAAUCUGAAAUCCUCUUGUGAACAAAAUGCACUGCUCUUCACCAGAGGAGAGCAAACCUCCCUAAGGGAAAGGGUAUGAUUGUAAAGUAAAAGUAAAGGUGUGUAGGGCCGAUCAAGCACAUGCCAUGACUUUACUUUUAACGGACUGGAGGCUCAAUAAUGUCGGCAGAGAACACAAAUAUGUGUAUGUUUAUAUCCGACUUAAAUAUUUGAUAAUUAUUAAUAUAUUAAUCCAAUAUCUUUUUCAGCUUUGUGCGAAAAGAGAGGUCCUGAAAUGAGUUUGUACAUUUCCUAUCCUUGUUCCAUGUAUAGAUAUCAUUUCUAUGAAUUUUAUGUAUUUUGUGCAUAAGUCACACCUUUUACAAUAUUUAUCCCAGUUGAUUGUGAGACAUAUCCAUUAUGACCCACUGUAAAGACUGGAUUUUGGUUUCAACCCUCAGUAAUUUAACCUCAUGGUACCAGGAUAUCCUCAAUGAUGACAAUGUACAAUGUUACAUUACCGAAUUUUGUUCAUUUGUUUUGCCUUUGAGAUAUGCAGAUAAAUAUAUAUUAUGAGGUCUUCGUUCAGUCUCUGUAAAGAAAACUGAUGUAAAUAUCUUGUUGAUAUUCCUUCGCUGCAAAAUUACCGUGUAAAUUUAUUAGGCUUUUUAACCAUUUCUAGAAAAACAAAAUUAAAUGAAACAUGGGGGAAUCAUGUCCCCAUUGAAUAUCAUGGUAACAGACAAGCCUGGCCAAUGGAUGGGAAGUACGACAGGAGGGUGUUGCAAGGGGGCCUACAAGGAUCAUCUGCAAUCUAUGCAAAGCAGCACACAGCACCCUAACGAAGAGAUCACCUGGAGGGAGCGGACGAUAGUGGAGGAUACCUAGAGAAACUUGGAUUAACAUGUGUUUAUAUUUACCAAUGAAAUAAUGAUGAAUUAUUGAAAGACUUCCAAGUCACAAACUGGACCAGCCCCGGACAGAAAAGAAGGACACUUUUUAGUGGGCGGCAAAAGGACUUUCUCUGUCAACCUUGUGGUGUUGUGCAGUUGUUUUUCUUAGACUGUUGUAUACAAAGCAAGUAGAGUUUUAGGCCUGCAAAAAAUGAAAAUGAACAUUCAUGGUUUAAAAUGUACGGAAUAAAGUUUGGACCUAAUGUCA